UUAUCGCGACAUAGAAAACCAACGUCAUUGUAAGAUGAUGUGUUACGAUCGGAGUUAUAUAAUAUUGACACCCCUCGCAUCGAACAUAUGCUGCGAUCGGCAAUCGCGAUAAGAAGACGCGUGUGUCGCACACGCGGAAUCGCCAAAAGCCGCGUUAUCUUUAGUUCAAUUUUUUUCGAUUCGAUCGAAUUUGUUUAAAUUCCCAUCCGCGUCUUCUCCAAUUGAUAACCGCGUAGUAAUUUGCAAUUUACCAGCGUAUUGCGCACACGUGCGUUCGCGACAAGGUCCUCUUCGUGUUUUGCCACGUCGAGCAACGAAUCAAAUUGUAAACAAUUUUUCCUCUUAACCUCCUUCUCCCCCACUUUGUAUCUUGAUUACAUUGAUGAAUGGUGGAUGAGUGAUAAAAAAAAAAAAAAAUCCUGAAACAGAGGAAAAACCUUCAGUUUUAUCUCCGCACCGAUAAGCUUUUUAUCAAAAAAAUUUAUCAACAAUGCUAUCGACAAUUGUGAAAGAACAUCAAAGCAAACAAGCGGCAAGAAAGGAAAGACAAGAACAAAAACGAAAGGAAGCUGUUCAAGCUGCAAACAAUUUGACGCAAGCUCUUGUCGAUCACCUGAAUGUUGGGGUGGCUCAAGCGUAUUUAAAUCAGAAGAAACUGGACGCGGAAGCAAAACAACUGCAAAAUAGCGCGACCAAUUUUGCCAAACAAACGCAAUUGUGGUUAAAUCUGGUGGAAUCUUUUUCGAGUUCUUUGAAAGAGAUCGGAGAUGCGGAAAACUGGGCACGUAGCAUAGAAGGAGAUAUGAGAACGAUAGCUACUGCUCUAGAAUAUUCUUACAAAGCUACGCAAGAGAAUCAAAAUGUGAGUAAUGUUUGAGGGGAUGAUAUUUUUAAUGUUUCUUUUUUUUUGAUAAUUUUCAACAUUUAGUGUAUUCUGUGAUAUACGAAAUAAUACAUUGAAAUUCAAAGUUGUUGCGACUUAAGAGGGUACUGGAUACCGACUAUAGAGACCUGUGAACCGACGUUUUUAAUAAUCUAAAUUUCUUUAUUUUUUAA